GUGAAAGCCGGCGUACGGCCAUCGUCGUUUCCGUCGUCCUCGUCGCCUCGCUCGACUUACUCAUCAGUUCUGUCUCUCACCACCCUCGCGCGCGCCGACCAGCUCGUGCUGUACAUUCUCGAGCCAUGUUGCGGCUGGUCUCGGCGUCGAAGCCCGCUUCUGCGAGCAUCCUAGCCAAAGUUGCUCCCUCUACGCUUACAGGAAGGAGGACAUUUGCGUCUACGUCGGCGCGCCAGGGCGAUAUUACCUUGACGGUGGAUGGAAAGGAGGUUACCGUCCCACAAGGUUCGGCUUUGAUCCAAGCUUGCGAGGCUGCUGGCGCCACAAUACCACGGUUCUGCUAUCAUGACAGGCUAGCUAUCGCGGGUAACUGUCGUAUGUGUUUGGUGGAGGUCGAGCGGUCACCAAAACCGGUUGCAUCCUGCGCGAUGCCCGCCAUGCCGGGCUCGAAAGUCUGGACAAAUUCACCCCUCGUCCAUGAAGCCCGCGAGGGUGUCAUGGAAUUCCUGCUUGCCAACCAUCCCCUUGAUUGCCCUAUCUGUGAUCAGGGUGGUGAGUGCGAUCUUCAGGACCAGUCGAUGCGAUACGGUGCGGACCGUACGCGGUUCCAUGAAAUCACUGGCAAGCGCGCUGUGGAGGACAAGGACCUUGGUCCGCUCGUGAAGACGUCGAUGAACCGUUGCAUCCAGUGCACGCGGUGCGUCCGGUUCGCGAAUGAAGUCGCCGGUGUGGAGGAACUCGGUACAACUGGGCGUGGCAAUGACAUGCAGAUCGGUAUGUAUGUGGAGAAGACGAUGGACUCAGAGAUGUCUGGGAACGUGGUCGACCUGUGCCCCGUCGGCGCGCUGACGAGCAAGCCGUAUGCGUUCCACGCGCGCCCCUGGGAGCUCAAGCACACGGAGUCGGUAGACGUCAUGGACGCAGUGGGGUCGAACAUCCGGGUCGACUCUCGCGGGCUCUCGGUGAUGCGGGUCCAGCCCCGGCCGAACGACGACGUGAACGAAGAGUGGAUCAGCGACAAGACACGCUACGCGUACGACGGUCUCCGGUUCCAGCGCCUCACGACGCCGCUCGUCAAGCAGGGCGACCGCUUCGUCUCGGCGACGUGGGAGGAUGCAUUGGCUGCUGUCGCUGAGGGCCUCCGGGCGUCUGGCGCGCAGGGCGACGAGAUCCAGGCCGUUGCGGGCCACUUGGCGGAUACGGAGUCGAUGGUCGCGCUCAAGGACCUCAUCAACCGCCUCGGCUCGGACAAUGUGACGCUUGACAGCGUCGGUGGGCACGCUGCCCCGGUGCACGCCGUCGAUGUGCGCUCGAACUACUUGUUCAACGCGACGCUCCCGGGCGUCGAGCAGGCGGACUGCAUCUUACUCGUGGGCAGCAACCCUCGACACGAGGCGGCGGUGCUCAACUCGCGCAUCCGCAAGAGCUGGUUGCACACGACGCUGGAAGUGGGCCUGAUUGGCGAACGCGUGGACACGGCGUACGGAUACGAGCACCUGGGCACGGACGCGAAGGCGGUGGCGGACUUUGUUGCGGGCAAGAGCGAGUUCGCCAAGAAGUUCAAGAACGCGAAGAAGCCGCUGAUCGUCGUCGGGAGUGCGAUCACGGAACACCCGGAUGGUGCUGCGGUUUUCAACGCCCUGGCGAAGUACGUGGAGCAGAACAAGAGCCAGCUGGUCACGCCUGAGUGGAAUGGAUUCGCAGUCUUGCAGAGGGUCGCAUCUCGUCCCGCAGCGUACGAGAUGGGCUUCCCCAAGUUCAUCUACCUGCUCAACGCCGAUGAGGUCGACCCCAAGUCGAUUCCCCGUGAUGCCUUUGUUGUCUACCAGGGCCACCACGGUGACCUGGGUGCUCAGCUUGCGGACGUCUGCUUGCCCGGCGCUGCCUACACUGAGAAGGGCAUGACGUGGGUGAACACUGAAGGUCGUGCGCAGAUGGGCCGCGCGGCUGUUCCUCCCCCGGGUGCGUCGCGCGAGGACUGGAAGAUUAUUCGAGCGCUCUCUGAGGUCGUGGACGCUCCUCUGCCAUAUGACGACGUGUUGAGCCUGAGGGAUCGCAUGUGGGAGAUCUCACCGACUCUGGUCCGAUACGACACCCUUGAACCUACCUCUGUCGAUGUUGCCCUUGCUGGCCUGAAGACCCUUGCUUCUGGUACUGCGAACGCGAAGGUGGCGGGCGCACCCUUCGUCAAGCCGAUCAGCAACUUCUACCAGACGGACCCUAUCUCCCGAGCAUCCGUAACCAUGGCGCAUUGUACCCGUGCAUUCGUGAAGGGCGAAAACUACGGCUUCAGUGAACUGUCGAGUAAAUCGGAAGCGGCUUAUGCGUAGAUGUUGUGUAAUGAAGGGAUUCUCAAAUUGAUUUCACGCCUUCGAGAUAUCCAUCC